AUGGCGGCACGAAAGCUACAACAAGAAGUCGACAAGUGCUUCAAGAAGGUGGCCGAGGGUGUUGCCGAGUUCGAGGCCAUCUACGAGAAGAUCGAGCAAUCCACGAACCAGGCGCAAAAGGAAAAGCUUGAGGACCAACUCAAGCGGGAAAUUAAGAAGCUGCAACGACUCCGUGAUCAGAUCAAGACAUGGGCCGCCAGCAAUGACAUCAAAGACAAAGCCCCGCUCUUAGAGCAACGGCGAUUGAUAGAGACGCAAAUGGAGAAGUUUAAGGCAGUCGAGAAAGCCAUGAAGACCAAGGCAUACUCAAAAGAGGGGUUAUCCGCCGCCGCCAAGUUGGAUCCUAGGGAGCAAGCCAAAGCGGACGCCGGCGAAUUCCUUGGUAACAUGGUUGACGAGCUGGAGCAACAGAUCGAGACCCUCGAGGCCGAGAGUGAAUCAAUACAAGCGACGAUGAAGAAGGGGAAGGGCCAUGCUGCUAAGGCGGAGCGCAUAGCUGAAAUUGAACGCGUGAUUGAACGUCAUAAGUGGCACCAGGGAAAACUGGAAUUAAUCCGGCGUUCACUCGAGAACGGAGGGGUUGAAACCGAGCAGGUCAACGAGCUAGGUGAGAACAUCAAGUACUACGUGGCCGAAGGUAUGAACGACGACUUCAUGGAGGACGAGACCAUGUACGACGACCUCAACCUACAAGACGAGGAGGACCAGUAUGGCAUGAAUCUGGACAACGACAAGGUGUCUUCUCAGGAUACCCAAUCGAUACAAGACGACUUGGCGGCCCCCGAACUCGAACCGCCGAAAGCGAGUGUGCCUGUGGGGAAGCCGCGAAGUGCAGUGGAAGCGGUGGCGAGUUCGGCCGUCCGCCGACCGUCCGCACAGCUCAAAUCCCCUCUCCCAACGCUCGCGACGGUACAUACUACGCCAUUACCGACCCUCAGCAAUGGUUCUUCCACCAUUGCAGGCAUGAAGCCCGCAGCGGCACCGGUAAGGCUCGCAGGCGAAGGUUUGAAGUACGCCAGCGCAGCAGCGGCAGCGGCGAACAACGUGGGGAUUGCUCCGUUACCACCCCCGCCUUCCACGACACCCGGUCUCGGCGGUGUGCCAUUACCACCGCAAGCUAGAGCGGCGAGCGUGGCGAGCGCGGCCAACUCCCCAAGCGUCGCGUCUAUACAGCCUGUAUCACAAGACAAGGCGCCCGGGCCAGUGGCGGCCCCUGGGGGCGGGUCUGUGGCCGCGAACCAGUCGCACAAAGCUCCAGGGAAGGGUAAGGCGGCUGCUCAGGCACCAGCCCUGGCGCACACGGCCGUAGAAACUGCGGAAAGCUCGAGAGCGUCACAAGCAAAUGGUGCGGCCAAUGAUACUAAGUCGAUUGAGGAGGCCGGAGAAGCGGAAGAGGAGGAGUCGAUUUACCAUCUCCCUGCAUCCCUCCAGGACCUGGUCGAGUCAUUCGAGGCGACAAAGAAGCGCCCCGCGCCGGUGAAUGCGCAGGCGACCCAUCGCAUGCAGGCGGCAUCAGAGACAAGCAAACCGGGGAUUUUGGAUGCGGAACCGCCACGGAACUACCAUCCAGAUGUCAAAUUCCACUCUCACACCCGUUUCCCACAAGAGCCACUGUCCAUAUUCGACGACCCGCGGUUGUAUACAAGGAUCGACCCAGACACGCUUUUCUACGUGUUCUACUACAAGCAAGGCACAUACCAACAGUAUCUUGCGGCACGGGCCUUGAAGGACCAGAGCUGGAGAUUUCAUAAGCAGUACCAGACAUGGUUUCAGAGGCAUGAAGAACCUAAGUCCAUCACGGAGGAAUUUGAGCAGGGCACCUACCGCUUUUUCGAUUAUGAGAGCACAUGGAUGAACCGACGUAAGGCUGACUUCAAGUUCGCUUACAAGUUCCUCGAGGAUGAGGUUUAG